AUGACAAAAUACGUUGUUGUUACUGGUGGCGUUAUCUCGGGUAUUGGCAAAGGUGUCAUUGCUUCUAGCACUGGUACUCUUUUAAAGAGUUUGGGACUGAAUGUGACAGCCAUUAAAAUUGAUCCCUACUUGAACAUUGACGCUGGUCUCAUGACUCCACUUGAUCAUGGUGAAGUGUUUGUUCUGAAUGACGGUGGCGAAGUUGAUCUCGAUUUGGGUAAUUACGAACGUUUCCUUGAUGUCGAGUUGAGCCGAAUCAACAACAUAACGACAGGAAAGAUAUAUCAAGAGGUAAUAGAACGAGAGCGUCGUGGCGAUUAUCUUGGCAAGACUGUUCAGGUGGUCCCACAUAUUACUGAUGCUAUUCAAAACUGGAUUGAACGUGUGGUAGAGUUGCCUAUAGAUGAAUCAGGAGCAAAGCCUGACGUCUGUAUCAUCGAACUUGGUGGUACUGUAGGUGAUAUCGAGUCUGCUCCAUUCAUCGAAGCUAUGCGUCAGUUUCAGUUCCGUGUGGGUCAUGAUAACUUUUGUCUGAUCCAUGUUUCUCUCGUGCCUGUGGUUGGUUCUGUGGGUGAACAAAAGACGAAGCCUACGCAGAUGAGCGUUCGUGACCUUCGUGGGGCUGGUCUCUCUCCAGAUUUGAUUGCCUGUCGCUCGUCUAAACCCUUGGACGAUAGCGUUGCUGCUAAAAUCUCCAUGUUCUGCCACGUUGCUCCUGAGCAAGUGCUUGCUGUUCAUGAUGUCUCAUCAGUGUAUCACGUCCCUCUUUUACUGAAAAAACACGGUGUCAUUGAUUUUUUUCGUCAACGUCUCAAACUGGACACUAUCAUGGUUCCUGAUAACCGCCGCUUAGCAGGUGAACAGCUCUGGAAAGACUGGGCUAUGUUGGCUAGUAGCUAUGCACAUCUGCAUGAGACAGUGACUAUUGCCAUUAUUGGCAAGUAUACAAAUCUUCAUGAUUCGUAUAUCUCUGUAUAUAAAGCGCUUGAACAUGCAGCCUUGGCCCACAAACGCAAGAUUGAAAUCAAAUGGAUCCAAGCUUCUGAUUUGGAGCAAGAAACUCGUCAAUCCAAUCCCAUCAAAUACCACGAAUCAUGGCAACACGUCUGUUCUUCCGAUGGAAUCCUCGUUCCUGGAGGUUUUGGCAGUCGAGGUAUUGAAGGUAUGAUCAUGGCUGCAAAAUGGGCUCGUGAGCACAAUAUUCCUUAUCUAGGUAUCUGUCUGGGCAUGCAAAUCUCUGUUAUCGAAUUUGCUCGUCAUGUUUGUGGUAUGGUUGAUGCAAACUCUGCUGAAGUUGAUCCUGAUACAAAGACACCAGUGAUUGUUUACAUGCCUGAGAUCUCCAAGUCUCAUCUGGGAGGCACAAUGCGACUUGGCCUUCGAUCCACUAUUUUGGAAAAAAGUUACAAGCGCUCUGUUGUUCGUAGUCUGUAUGGUAAUAAGUCAUCUAUAGAUGAACGCCACCGUCAUCGAUAUGAAGUUAAUCCUGACUAUGUCGAUAUCCUUGAAAAGAAAGGUUUAAAGUUUAUCGGUAAAGACGAAUCGGGUCAACGUAUGGAAAUUGUCGAAUUAGAAAACCAUCCGUUCUUUAUUGGCUGUCAAUAUCAUCCUGAAUAUCUGACUCGCCCAUUGAAGCCUGCACCUUUGUUUAAUGGACUUAUUCUGGCUGUUAUGAGAAAGCUUAUGUAUGACAAUAUGUCAAACAUGUAG